AUGAAUAAUUCUUUAGAGGGGGAGGGUGGAGAGCAGCAACCCCACACACCAGGCGGAGGACCCGGUCACCUCCCUGCCGGGGCCCCAUCCCUGCCCCCCCCUGCCACCCCCACCUGGUUGCCUCCCUGCUGGGUGCUCCAACCCUGGCUGCCCGAUCCAGUCACCUCCACACUGGGGGGGGGUGCCUCAGCCCGGGCAGGCGCCCGGCCUGGUCGCGACUCCGCCGGGGGUCCCACCCUCGGCAGCCUAAUCCUGUUGCCUUCACCCCUGGUGUCGCCACCAAAGGGCAGACUGAAAUGGUUGCCUCCAUGUAGGGGGCUUCACCCUUGGCGGCCUGACCCAGUUGUCUCUCCAGAAGAGGCCCCACCCCUGGCAGCCUGA